GGGGACGCCUACAUAUCCCAGCAUGCAAUGCGAAAGGGGCUACCAGGGCGGUGCAUGGGGGGACGCCUACAUAUCCCGGCAUGCAAUGCGAAAGGGGCCGCCAGGGCGGUGCGUCCACGGACGGUCCCCCCCCCCCCAUCCCGGCAUGCCCUGCGGAAGAGGACUGCCAAGGCUGCGGCUCCCAGAAGCCUCCGCGCCCUGGGUCCUCAAAGAGGGAAGCAUCGUUUAACGGCGAUUUGGAGCCGUCCCGCAGUCCCCGUGUUGUGGAGGCGCCAAGGUUCUCUGGGGACCAUGUUCACCUGUGACAUUUGUGGAGCAGUGGUCAGCUCUAAAUCAGAUAUGAAGACCCACCUUCGUAGAGAUCAUUUGGAAAGUGAAGUGAUCUGCCCAUUUUGCAAGAUGACUGGUAUAAAUUAUGAUGAAAUGAAUUUCCAUAUUGAAGCAGCCCAUUGUGAGAAGAAUGAAUCCGAAGGAGGUGUUGAGAGGAUCAACGCCGUACAGGGUAGAACUUCUAAUAGGCAAGCCAAGAAAGACAACACAGAGGCUGAAAUGGGAGUCAAAGCAGAUUUAAACAAGGCUGGUACAUCUAAAGAGUUGAGACGUGUAAGUUUCAGCCUCACUAAUGCCACGUUAGGCAAUAAAACAUUUAACACAGAAAAUCUGCCUGAAUUGAGAACAUUUUCGGAAAGGGAACCGAAGCCAUCUGACGUCCCUGGAAUGAGUACGUCACUGAAUGAAACAUUGUCUGAUAUGCCCGAAUGCCCAUUCUGUGGAAAAAGAGAGAGAUACGGUGAAGAUGUGGAAAUGCACAUAAAAAUAGAGCAUGCCAAUCUACUAGACCCACCAAUAGAAGGCAAUGGUCAACAUCACUAUGAAUGUCCAGUGUGUAGACUGGUUUGCACAAAUUACCAGAUUCUGCAGGAACAUGUUGACUUGCAUAUCGAAGAAAGCAGCUUCGCAGAAGGUGGGGACAGAGAGAGAUGUUCAAGUGAUCUAAAAUUGGCUCAGCAACUGCAAGAGGAAGAAGACAGACAAAGGAAGUCUGAAGAAUCAAGACAGGAGAUGGAAGAAUUCCAGAAACUAAAGAGGCAAUACGGCUUGGACAACUCCGGAGGCUACAAGCAGCAGCAGCUGCGAAAUAUGGAAGUAGAAGUGGGCAGAGGCAGGAUGCAGCCUUUGGAAUUUCACAAGCGAAAAGCCGAGAUGAUGGAGUCGUUAGCGUUUGGCUUUGACGAUGGCAAAACAAGAACAUCAGGAAUUAUCGAGGCCUUACAUAGGUACUAUCAGAAUGACCUCCGAGAUGUACGUCGUGUCUGGCUUUCCGUAGAAGUGGAUCACUUCCAUUCGUCUUUAGGAGACAAAGGUUGGGGUUGUGGCUACAGAAAUUUCCAAAUGCUCCUUUCAUCACUAUUACGAAAUGAGGCUUAUAAAGACUGUUUGAAAGAUAUGUCGGUUCCUUGCAUUCCAAAGCUUCAGUCUAUGAUUGAAGAUGCGUGGGAGGAAGGUUUUGAUCCUCAGGGAGCCUCUCAACUCAAUAACAGGUUACAGGGGACAAAAGCUUGGAUCGGAGCGUGUGAAAUAUAUUCAUUGCUUACCUCGCUCAGGCUAAAGUGUAGAAUUAUUGACUUUCACAAAUCCACCGGCCCUUUGGGCACACACCCUCGCUUAUUUGAAUGGGUUUUGGACUACUACUCUUCAGGCAGAGAAGGCGGGCCCAAGGUAGUGUGCUCUUCCAAACCUCCCAUCUACCUUCAGCAUCAAGGUCACAGCCGCACUAUCGUCGGAAUUGAAGAGAGGAAGAACAGAACACUGUGUUUACUAGUGUUCGAUCCAGGCUGUUCGUCCCAAGAAAUGCAGAAGUUAAAGCAGGGCGUUGACGGGAACGGUCUCAAACUGCUGCGGAGAUCGGUGGGAAGUUUAAAGCACAGACAGUACCAGACAGUGUCAGUAGACGGUAUCCUUUCCCCGGAGGAGAAAAUCGUUCGCCGGCAAGCUUCUCGAGUCUUUACUGCCGAGAGGAUUCCUUGAUGAUGGGACAGAGUGCCUUUCUCAAAUUCAGUUGUCAAGUAAUGGCCCAAAACACUUCCUACAUCGGACCAGUAAACACAGUGAAAAUGAUCUCAUCUCUUGUAAUGGGAUUUGUAUGGUUUUAAAGACUUAAAGCCACUAUUGCUGCAGUGUCUUAAAAUUGGAUUAAUAAAUGAUCUGUAUUGAACUACA